GCUCUAUUGUUCUUUCUUCUCUCUGUGCUCGAACAGUUUCCUCCUCAUCCAAUCUCUCUCCUCUCUCUCGCAAUCUCUUUUUUUUGUCCAUUGCCCAAAUCUCUGCAUCUCACAGUCAUCGAUUUUGCAUUUUUAUAGUUUUUUACUUCAAAGAUUUCAAUUUUUUUUUUUUUUUUGCUGUUGAUUCGGUUCGUGCCGACCGAAUCGAAUUCAGGGCCAUGAUGAGUUGAAUUGUUAAAAAUUUUGAAAAAAGACAGAGAGAAAAAGAUGCAGUAUCUGAAGGAAGAGAUUGCGAAAAUCGACGAGAGCUGGACCACUACUCGUUUCGAUUCGUUACCUCACGUUGUUCAUAUUCUCACAUCCAAAGAUCGUGAAGGUGAAGUGCAGUUCUUGAAGGAGCAAAGCGACGUCGUUGAGGAAGUCGUUGAUGAAGUUGUCCAUGUUUAUCACAGUGGAUUCAACAAAGCAAUUCAAAACUAUUCCCAGAUCUUGCGUUUGUUUAGCGAAUCUGCAGAAAGUGUUACUGGGUUGAAAGUUGAUUUGGCUGAGGCAAAGAAGCGUCUUAGUGCUCGAAAUAAACAACUUCAUCAGUUAUGGUAUCGAUCGGUUACAUUGCGUCAUAUAAUCGCUCUGUUAGAUCAAAUUGAGGGGAUAGCUAAGGUUCCGGCUCGUAUUGAGAAGCUUAUUGCUGAGAAGCAGUUCUAUGCUGCAGUUCAAUUGCACGUUCAAUCGGCAUUGAUGCUUGAGCGAGAAGGGCUUCAGACGGUUGGUGCCCUUCAAGAUGUUAGAUCCGAGCUGACAAAGUUACGAGGAGUUCUAUUUUAUAAAGUUUUGGAGGAUUUGCAUGCCCACCUAUACAACAAGGGUGAAUAUAGCUCAGCUGCCUGGAAUGUCCUUGAAAAGGAUGAAGAAGUACCAACCACCACAGCUGUAGCACUUUCGAUGAAUAGUUCACAACCUCUGUCGAGAAGAACUAGGUUAUUGAAAGGUGAUAAUCAGUUUGGUGCUCAUGGAGAUGGAUCAUAUAGGCCGAGUUCAGUUGAUGGCGGUUCAUCUUUUGAUGGCCAUGAUGAUGAUGGUGUUUUGGAACCACAUGAUGAAGUUAUCAAAAUCAUUCCUCGUCAAAUGCCACCAUGGCUUUCAAAUUCGACUCCUGAUGAAUUUCUUGAGGCAAUUAAAAAAAGCGAUGCUCCGCUUUAUGUAAAAUAUUUGCAGACCAUGGUUGAAUGCCUCUGCAUGCUAGGCAAAGUUGCUGCUGCUGGUGCUAUUAUAUGCCAAAGACUACGACCUACAAUUCAUGAGAUUAUCACAUCCAAGAUUAAAUCCCAUGCAGAACAUGUUAAUUCUUUACGAUAUGGCAUUUGUCAGCCUGCCCGAACUGCUACUGUUGGUCUGCAUUUCAUGAAGGGACAAUUAGAGAGUUACCAAUUGCCAAAGCAAAAACGCCAGAAUGGAAUAUCUUUGGCUGGGACUCUACAGGCAGUUAGCCCUGUCUCAUCUGUGAUGGCUCCCACAGGAAAAGCACAGGCUGCAGCAAAAAAACUUCUUGAUUCAGUUUUGGACACUGUUGUUCGAAUAUUUGAGAAUCAUGUUGUUGUUGGGGAGCUUCUGGAAUCAAAAUCUGCUCAACAAGCUGAUAUGAACACACCAAAGUCAAUGCCAACAGAUGUAAACUGGAACCCUGAUUCUGAAGCAUCUCAAGUUACUGGAGGCUACAGUGUUGGAUUUUCCUUGACAGUAUUACAGAGUGAAUGCCAACAACUCAUUUGCGAGAUCCUGCGAGCAACUCCUGAAGCUGCAUCUGCAGAUGCCGCUGUUCAAACAGCUAGACUUGCAAGCAAGGUCCCUUCCAAAGAGAAGAGGGAUGGAGCAGAAGAGGGCCUCACCUUUGCUUUUCGCUUCACAGAUGCUAGCAUAUCAAUUCCCAACCAGGGUGUUGAUCUCAUUCGACAGGGCUGGAGUAGGCGGGGUCCAAAUGUAUUACAAGAAGGCUAUGGAUCUGCAGCUAUCUUGCCCGAGCAAGGCAUAUAUUUAGCAGCAUCUAUAUACCGGCCAGUUAUUCAGUUUACAGAUAAAGUUGCUUCAAUGCUCCCCAAAAAGUAUUCCCAGUUAGGGAAUGAUGGAUUACUAGCAUUUGUGGAGAACUUUGUAAAGGACCACUUUUUACCAACAAUGUUUGUAGACUACAGAAAAGGCGUACAGCAAGCUAUAUCAAGUCCAGCUGCAUUCCGGCCCAGAGCACAUACUGCUGCCACAUAUACGCCAUCAAUUGAGAAGGGUCGACCUGUCUUACAGGGACUUUUGGCAAUAGAUUUCUUAGCAAAAGAGGUGCUUGGUUGGGCUCAAGCAAUGCCUAAAUUUUCUGGUGAUCUUGUGAAUUAUGUGCAAACUUUCCUCGAGCGAACAUACGAACGAUGUAGGACUUCAUAUAUGGAGGCAGUUCUUGAGAAGCAAAGUUAUAUGCUUAUUGGGAGGCAUGACAUUGAGAAAUUAAUGCGACUUGAGCCAGCAAGUGCAUGUUUGCCAAAUGCAUUUGGUCAGUCAAAUAUUGAUAAUUAUAUCAAUGAUGUUGAAACUUCUGAGGUUGAACAAGAACUAAGUGAUUUGCUAUUGAAUUUGAGGCCUAUUAAGCAGGAGAAUCUUAUACGUGAUGAUAAUAAGCUUAUUCUGCUUGCCUCCCUUAGCGAUUCAUUGGAGUAUAUUGCAGACUCAAUUGAAAGUGGAGAAGAAUUGCCAUCCAUUUACAGACUUGGACAGACAAUCGUGAAGGCGCCAAAUCAAGUUGAAGAGAGUGGCAAGAAAUAUCAUACUCCAGAAAGUAGUGAACUUUCUAGGGAUCUGGCAUCAUUUGCGGAUGAGUAUAGGAAAUUAGCAAUUGAUUGCCUUAAAGUUUUACGUGUUGAGAUGCAACUGGAAACGAUUUUCCAUAUGCAGGAAAUGACAAACAGGGAAUACUUGGAGGAUCAAGAUGCUGAAGAGCCAGAUGACUUUAUUAUUUCACUUACUGCACAGAUAACGCGUAGAGAUGAGGAAAUGGCGCCUUUUGUUGCGGGAGUAAAGCGGAAUUACAUAUUUGGUGGAAUUUGUAGCAUUGCAGCUGAUACGUCAAUUAAGGGUUUGGCUGAUAUUAAAUCUGUCAACCUUUUUGGGGUUCAGCAGAUAUGCCGGAAUUCAAUUGCAUUGGAACAGGCAUUAGCAGCUAUCCCCUCGAUUAACAGUGAAGCUGUACAACAUAAAUUAGAUCAUGUUCGAACUUACUAUGAACUCCUAAACAUGCCAUUUGAGGCCUUGCUUGCCUUCAUUACUGAGCAUGAGCACUUGUUUACGGCUGCAGAGUACGCUAAUCUUCUGAAAGUACAAGUCCCAGGAAGAGAGAUUCCUGCUGAUGCUCAAGACCGUGUAUCAGAUAUUUUAUCCCGUUAGCUUUCUGGUUUCUGAAAUUUUAUUUAUUUUCAUGUACCAGAAAGAAAGUGUGUAUCAAUCUGCAAGUAAAGCUGGACACCAUGUUUUGAUCUUUGUUAGCAUGACAGAUAGCUACAACCUGUUGCAGAUUCAGAUUCCAAUUUCAAGGAAGUUCACGCACAUUUUGACACCAUGUUGUGGAGAGUUUUUGUAUUAUUGUAUUCGAACAAGGUCGUAAUGUUUUGUAGUUAUAAUUUGUUCAUGUGUAGCAUUAAUUUUGUGUAUUCAUGUUUGAUCUAUGGAAAAUCUUGGUUUUUUUAAAUUUGGUGAAAACAGAAAAAUGCAUUGUAAAUUUUCCAUGCCCAUUAAUAUUUGUAUAUCAUUUGUAUUGAUUUUUAGACUC